AUUAAGCUACUAUCAGUUUCACUAUUUAGAAUUUGGACUCCAGUAUUGUGAUGUGACUAAUAACAUAGAAAUAAAAGAUUCUAUCUCAAGCAACAUUUGAAAAAUGAACGGCAUCUAGAUCUUGGGAAGUCAGGCGUGCAGCACCAAUUUCAAUAGUGGGACACAGUUGAAAGAUAAACUGUAUAGAUUGCAGUGUAUAUAUAUUAUUGCAAUUCAAUGUAUGUAUAUGGUAGUUGGUAGGUCAGUGGCAGAAAAAUGAGGAAGCCAUACUUGUUGCUUGUUUUUAUUCUAAAUCAAACCCUAUGGAUAUUGAGUGUCGAUGCAUUUAGCAGACAGGAUUUCCCUCCAGGCUUUGUUUUUGGUGCAGGCACUUCGGCUAAUCAGGUGGAAGGUGCAGCAAACGAAGAUGGGAGGACUCCUAGCAUCUGGGAUAGCUCUUUUUCCACCAUUGGAGAAGGAUCUGGAGGCAACACGGAAGUAGCUUGUGAUCAGUAUCACAAAUAUAAGGAAGAUGUCCAACUCAUGGUGGAUACAGGUCUCGAUGCUUAUAAAUUUUCCAUCUCAUGGUCAAGACUUAUUCCAAAUGGAAGAGGACCAGUCAAUCCAAAGGGUUUGCAAUAUUACAACAAUCUCAUUAAUGAACUAAUCAGCCAUGGGAUCCAACCACAUAUUACACUACACCAUAACGAUCUUCCACUGGCGCUUCAAGAUGAGUACGGUGGAUGGAUUAGUCACAAGAUUGUGGAAGACUUCACUGCAUAUGCAGAUGUGUGCUUCAGAGAGUUUGGAGACAGAGUUUUGUACUGGAGUACAGUGAAUGAGGCUAAUAUGUUUAGCUAUGGAGGUUAUGACGUAGCGUCAAUGCCGCCUUUUCGAUGCUCUCCUCCAUUUGGAUUAAUGAACUGCUCUGCAGGCAAUUCCACGACUGAACCUUACAUGGUAGCUCAUAACAUCUUGUUGGCCCAUGCAUCAACUGUUAAACUGUACAGGCUUAAAUAUCAGAAUAAGCAGCAUGGAUUCAUUGGUUUUAUUCUCUAUACCUUCGCUAUUGAUCCUGUGAUAAAAUCCAAAGAAGAAGAGACUGCAAUUCAAAGAGUUUGUGAUUUCUAUUUUGGAUGGUUUCUACACCCGCUGGUGUACGGAGAUUAUCCUGAAAUCAUGAAGAGAAAUGCAGGAUCACGAAUUCCAGCAUUCACAAAUUAUGAAUCCAAACUGAUUAAAGGUUCAUUUGAUUUUGUUGGGGUGUUAUAUUACAGCUAUCUAACCAUAAAAGACAACCCUGACAGUCUCAAAAUGCAGUUAAGAGAUUUUGAUGCAGAUAUGGCUGCAAUCUUAAACUGUAUGAGCCUGUUUUACACUUUGCUUCAUUACUUAAAAAGUUCCUUUAUAACCUUCCCUGUUGAACCAUGGGGUCUGACAAGCGUUCUAGAGUAUAUCAAGAAAGCUUAUGGCAACCCUCCUGUAUAUAUUUAUGAAAAUGGUCAGCGAACGUUACGUAAUUCAUCAUUGGAAGACAUUACAAGGGUAAACUACUUGCAGGGACACAUUGGAGGAGUGUUGGAAGCCUUGAGACAUGGAUCAAAUACAAGAGGGUAUUUCGCAUGGUCCUUCCUGGAUGUGCUGGAGUUAUUUGGUGGCUACAACUUAAGCUUCGGUCUAUACUAUGUUGAUAUGGAUGAUCCAAAUCUUAAAAGAUACCCCAAGCAAUCUGCACUUUGGUAUUCUAGUUUCUUGAAGGGAGAAAACAUCACUGGUUUGGAUGAAGUGGAAAAAGUAUCAUCACUUUCUUAUGCUCAGUCUUCUAAAUGAUUGGUUACAACUUUCAUAAUUUAUACAAUAUUUUAUAGGAUGACCAUGGUGGUGGUAAUUUUGUAUUUGGCACACCUGCAGUAUGUUGUAUUUACUAAUUUAUUUAAUGGUUAAUUGCAUUUUGUUA